AUGCCUUUCGACAGAGAAAGACCAUUGAUACGAAGUGUGCCUCAAAGCUCAAAAAGUUCAUUUUCGCUAGAGGAAAAGUUGCCAAAUUCAGAACUAGUCGAAGGAGAUGAAAAUCCUAAACCUAGUAGCCUACUUAGAUUUCAUCCAUACAGAGCACAUCCAGAAAUUGCAAGUUAUGAAGGUGAAACGGAUAUAUUGAAAAUAAUCAAUAUCCUUCGAGAAAAUCAACAUAUUAAAUUUUUUUAUUUAACUAAUUGUUUAUCAAAACGAUCAACUAAAUAUAACUUUUAUAAUCUUAAGGUUGUCAGCUUUCAAAAUAUCAAUCGUGAUGAUUAUUAUACUUUAAGUCUUAAUGGUUGUACACAUUUAAUAGCAAAUGAUGAUAUAGAGCAUAUUACAUUGGAACGUUUUGAAACAGAAUAUAAAACAUUUAAAGAAAUAUGUCAAAUUCCAACCUUUUCUAGAUAUUGUUUAUGGAAAGGAUUUAUAUUAUGGCGUAAAAUUAUAAAUUAUAUAAAAAUGAAUAAAUCUAAACAAUAUUUAUAUUCACAUUUAUUUCUAUUAAAUACAUCAUUAAGACCAGCUAUAUUCAAUAUACAUGAAAUGUGUUAUCGUAUAAAACAAAUGAAUUUCUGUAAAUUAAAUCAUGAUAAAUUAUAUAGUUUAAUAGAAUUUUUAUUAAAUCAAGUUCAUCAAUUAAAUGAUAUUUCUAUUAAAUUAUAUGAAUUUCGUGAACUGAUUAAACAAAUUGUCCAUGGAGCAUGUCGUACUGCAUUAUUAGAAUAUGGUUAUAUACCAGAUGAUUAUAGAAUAGAUAAUAAUGAUUAUAAUGAUAAUAAUGACAAUAUAGAUCAUUUAAAAACAGAACCUUUAGUUGUUGGAACAAGUUAUAUUUCUUCAGCUUGUGAUAUGGAGGUAUUAUCAGAUGCACCAGAAAAAAUGACUUUUACAGAAAUGGCCACAAAACGUCAAUAUUGUCAGCGUUUAACUUGUUUUAUACGUCUUGCUGAUUAUCAAAUUCUUAGUACAUUACAUGUAUUAACAGUGAAUUCAAUUGAAACACUAUUAAAUUGUUUCAAUGAACAUUUACAGAAUACACCAACAUUAAAUGAAAUUGAAAAAUAUAAAAUUAAAGUUGAUGAAUUAUUAGAAGCUCCAUUGAAUGAUUUCAAUAUAGGAUAUAGUAGUAGUAGUAGUAGUAUAGAUCAACGUAAAGAAUCUAUAAAGAAGCCAAUUAAACUAAACAUAUCUGGUAAUGAAAUUAAAGAAGAAGAAGAAGAAGAAGAAUCAAAACCAACCCCACUGUUUACAUUGGAAAUUAUAUUGGAACCAUCUCGUUUAUAUUUAGUUCCUGAAGAAUCUUUAUUUCAAGAUGGAAUUAUGGAAAUUAUUAAUAAAUUUCAAGAACAAGUAAUUAAUAUUAAAAAUUUAACAUCUGAUCCAUAUUUUAAUGCAUUCACUCAACCAUUUAUUAAUAAUAAAUUAGAAGAGAAAUUAUGCGGUAAUGGACCACAAUUAAAAAAUAUAUUUGAUGAAGAUAUAAAAUUACAUAAUAUUAUUAAACAUAUACAAUCUUCAUUAAAUAGUUCAUUUGAAGCUAUUCAUUGUUAUAAGAAUACAUUUAAUGAUAUACAUCAAUUCUAUCAAGAGAAUCAUGAAAUUACAAUUGAUAGUAUACAAAAUGAUUAUUUAGCAAAGAUUAAUGAAAUGAAUCAUGUGGAACGUCUUAAUGAAACUUUACAAUAUUUUAAAAGAAAUUUAUUAAAAUAUCAUCAUCAAUUAAAAAUUGCUGAAUUAGUCCCAAUAGAAAAAUCGAUUGGAUUAUUUUUAAUUGAUACUAAAUUAUUACGUAAUAAUUUAUUACCAUCAUCUAAUAAAUGUUUACAUCUAUUACAUAAUCUAUUACCAUUAUAUAUACAUAAUGAACUGGAUAGAUUAAUUCAUGAAACUCAAGAAGCUGAAUAUACAUUAUCAAUAAUACCAAGUACAACAAUAGAUUAUGUAAAUUAUUUUGGAUUUUUAAAUCAAAUACAAAAUAGAAUUGAACCGAUUGAGAAAGAAGCUGAAGUUAUUAAAGAACUAUAUGAAAUGAUUGAAGCAUUUGUUAUUCCUGUACCACCAGAAGAUUAUGCAAUCUAUCAAAGUCUUAUACCAUCUAUUGAUCGAGCUAAAAAUGCUAUGGAUAGAGCACUUGGUGAUCGUGAUGUAUGUGUUGAUAAAUUUUUUAUUUCUUUGGAAAAAGAUAUAAAUGAAUUAAUUCAUGAUAUUAAAGAAGUAAAACAAGCUAUUAAUAACCCGAUACUUUUAGAUAUUACAGCAGAACGUGAAACUAUUCAUUCUGAACUAUCUAGAUUAAAGAUAAUAACGGAUGAUUUACAAAAUAGAGCUACAACUUAUAAAAUGUAUCAUCGAAAAUUUAAAGAUCUUGCACAAGCUUUAACAGGAACAUCAAUUGAAGAUCAAAUACUUGCACGAGCUGGUGUAAAACCUUCAUCAUUUGUGGUAGAAUCACCACGUUUUGAAGAAUUAGAUUUAAUAAUUAAUGAAAUGAAAUUAAAAUAUUUACUAUGGAAUUCAAUUGAUGAAUGGGAUAAAACAAUAAAUGAAUGGAUGAAUAUUGAAUUUUUUCAAUUAAAUCCAGAAAAUUUAACUAAUACAACUAUGAAAUAUGUAAAAUCAAUUUUAUUAAUGGAAAAAGGUUUACCACCAAAUACUGUUGUACCAUUAUUAAAAGAAAAAGUAGAAGAUAUGAGAGUAAAAUUAACUACUAUUAUGGAUUUACGCAAUUCAUCAUUAAAACCACGUCAUUGGAAAAUGUUAGAAGAACUAAUCGGUUUUCAAAUGUCGGAAUUGGAAACACCUUUAAGUUUAGGCUAUUUAAAUGAAUUAAAAGCUUUUAAUAAAGCUGAACAAAUUCAAGAAAUCUCAGGUCAAGCUAGUUCUGAAUCAAGUUUGGAAAUGUUACUUAAAAAGGUUGAAGAAUCAUGGAAAUCAACUGAAUUCAUUGUUCUACCAUAUAAAGAUAGUAAAGAUGUUUUUAUUAUUGGUGGAACUGAUGAAAUACAACAAUUAUGGGAUGAUUCUAAUAUUAGUAUAUCAACAAUUGCUUCAUCACGUCAUGUUGGUCCAAUAAAACAGCGUGUUGAUGAAUGGCAAACUUUACUAGAAUUAUUUGGAAGAACCUUGGAUGAAUGGAUACAAUGUCAAAAAAGUUGGUUAUAUUUAGAAAGUAUAUUUUCUGCUCCAGAUAUACAACGUCAAUUACCUAGUGAAUCAAAAAGUUUUAUGUCUGUUGAUAAAUCCUAUAAAGAUAUAAUGCGUAAAAUACAAAAAGUUCCAUUAGCAAUGCGUGCUGCUACACAACCUGGUUUAUAUGAUACAUUACGUAAUAAUAAUCAAUUAUUAGAUCAAAUACAAAAAUGUCUUGAAGCAUAUUUAGAAUCAAAACGUUCAUUAUUUUCACGUUUUUAUUUUUUAUCUAAUGAUGAAUUAUUAGAAAUUUUAGCCCAAACACGUAAUCCAUUAGCUGUACAACCACAUUUAAGAAAAUGUUUUGAUGCUAUUAUAAAAUUAGAAUUUGGUAUAACAACAGAUUCUAUAAAUAAAGAUGAACCUGUUUAUACCAAUGAUAUAUUGGCAAUGAUUUCACCAGAAGGUGAACGUGUCUCACUCGGCAAGGGUUUGAAAGCUAGAGGUAAUGUUGAAGAUUGGUUAGGUAAAGUUGAAGAAGCAAUGUUUACAAAUCUUCGUAAAUUAAUGAAAAUUGCUAUUAAUGAUUUUGAAAGUUUACAUCGUGAAGAAUGGCUUAAAUCACAUGCAAAUCAAAUUGUUUUAACAGUAGAACAAUUAAUGUGGUCACGUGAUAUCACGUUAAUUUUAGAAGAUCCUCUCCCACAAGAUCGUCUUGAUGGUUUAAAAGAAUAUGAAGAGAAAUGUUAUACAGGACUUAACAAACUUGCUAGUUUAGUACGUGGAGAAUUACCAAAAUUAUUUCGUUCACUUCUAUGUGCUUUAAUUACAAUUGAUGUACAUGCACGUGAUAUGGUUACAGAAUUAGUUAAUAAUAAAGUUGAUUCAUUAGAUAAUUUUGAUUGGCAACGUCAACUUAGAUAUUAUUGGGAUUUAGAUUUAGAUACAUGUGUUGUAAAAAUGGCUAGUGCAUGUUAUAUUUAUGGUUAUGAAUAUUUAGGUGCAUCACCUCGUCUAGUAAUCACUCCAUUAACUGAUAGAUGUUAUCUAUGUUUAAUGGGUGCAUUACAAUUAGAUUUAGGCGGUGCACCCGCUGGUCCAGCUGGUACUGGUAAAACGGAGACAACUAAAGAUUUAGCUAAAUCUGUAGCAAAACAAUGCGUUGUUUUCAAUUGUUCCGAUGGCUUAGAUUACAAAAUGAUGGGUCGUUUCUUUUCUGGUUUAGCUCAAUCUGGGGCAUGGUGUUGUUUUGAUGAAUUUAAUCGCAUUGAUAUUGAAGUUUUGUCUGUUAUUGCUCAACAGUUGAUCACAAUUCGAAAUGCUAAAGCUGCACGAGUUGCAAGAUUCAUGUUUGAAGGACGUGAAAUUAAGUUAGUGCAAACAUGUGCUGCAUUUAUUACAAUGAAUCCUGGUUAUGCUGGACGUACAGAAUUGCCUGAUAAUUUAAAAUCAUUAUUCCGUCCAAUUUCAAUGAUGGUACCUGAUUAUCGUCUUAUUGCUGAAGUUAUACUUUAUUCUGAAGGAUUUGAAUCAUCAAAAACAUUAGCAUUAAAAAUGACACAAAUGUAUAAAUUAUGCAGUGAACAAUUAUCACAACAAGAUCAUUAUGAUUUUGGUAUGAGAGCAUUAAAAUCAGUAUUAGUUAUGGCUGGUUCAUUAAAACGUGAAAGUCCUGAUAAACCAGAAGAUGUUGUAUUAAUACGUGCUUUAAGAGAUAGUAAUUUACCGAAAUUUCUUAAACAAGAUGCUAUCCUAUUUACAGCAAUUUUACAAGAUCUUUUCCCUGGUGUUACAUUACCAGAACAUGAUUAUGGAUUAUUUGUUACAGAAAUUGAAACAGUUCUACAAGAGAUGAAUUUACAAAUUAUUUCAGAACAAGUAAUAAAAAUAAUACAAUUCUAUGAAACUUUAAUUGUACGUCAUGGAGUGAUGUUAAUUGGACCAACUGGUGGUGGUAAAACUACAAUUUAUCGUAUUUUAGCUAAAGUUUUAAGUAAUUUACAUACAUCUAAAUUAAUUGAUAAUAAUAAUAAUAAUAAACCAGAAUAUCAACCAGUUAAAAUGUAUGUUUUAAAUCCAAAAUCUAUAACUAUAGGUGAAUUAUAUGGUGAAGUAAAUAAAUUAACACUUGAAUGGCAUGAUGGAUUAUUAGCUUCUAUUGUUAGACAAACAUGUAUGGAUCCUACACAAGAUCAUCAAUGGGUUAUAUGUGAUGGUCCAGUUGAUGCAUUAUGGAUUGAAAAUAUGAACACAGUAUUAGAUGAUAAUAAAAUGUUAUGUUUAGCUAAUUCUGAACGUAUUAAAUUAACUAAUUAUGUUCAUAUGUUAUUUGAAGUACAAGAUUUAGCUGUUGCAUCACCGGCAACAGUAAGUCGUUGUGGUAUGGUUUAUGUAGAUUCAGAAGAUUUAGGUUGGUUACCAUAUGUUAAAUCAUGGAUUAAAACAAUCGAAGAAAAACUAACCCCAUAUGUUAUUGAAUAUAUUAUGAAUCUUUUUACAAAAUAUGUAGAUCCUUUUAUGAAUUUUGUAAUGACCAAAUGUACAACAAUCAUUCCACAAGUACCUAUUGCAAGAAUACAAACAAUGUGUAAAUUAUUAGAAGUUCUAUUAAUUCAUUCAGGUUGUCCAUUAAUAAAUGAAGAUAAAAAUAAAUUAAAUCCAUUAUUAGCUAUGUCAUUUGUAUUUUCAUUAUUAUGGGGAUUAGCUGGUAAUUUAAUUGAUACAAAUUGGAAUAUAUGUGAUACAUUUAUUCGUAAUUUAUUUGAUGAUUUAGGUGAUGCAAGACUUCCUCAACAUUCUGAUUUAUGGUCUUGUUUUGUUGAUAUGGAUACACGUCGUAUGGAUAAUUGGGAUAAAUUGAUUAAUACAUUUAUUUAUAAUAAACAAAUACCAUUUUUUGAUAUGAUUGUACCAACUGUUGAUACAGUUAGAUAUGGUUACCUGUUAGAUAAAUUAUUAUCUGUAAAUCAAAGUGUAUUGUUUACUGGUUUAACUGGAGUUGGAAAAUCGAUUAUAGUUCGUGGAACAUUGAAUAAUAUAGCUGAAUGUAAAAAUUAUAUUCCAGCUUAUAUAAAUUUCUCAGCUCAAACAACAAGUAAUCAUACACAAGAAAUAAUUGAAAGUAAAUUAAUUAAAAAAAAGAAAUAUAUACUUGAUGCACCAAAUAAUAAACAUAUUAUUCUGUUUAUUGAUGAUUUAAAUAUGCCAAAACAAGAUAUAUAUGGUAGUCAAUCAACCAUUGAAUUAUUACGUCAAUAUCAAGAUUUUCAUGGUUUCUAUGAUAGAGAUAAAUUAGAAUGGAUUAAAAUUAAAAAUAUGAUUAUAUGUUCAGCAUGUGGUCCACCAGGUGGUGGAAGAUAUACAAUAACACCAAGAUUAAUAAGACAUUUUGCAUUAUUUGUUAUACCUUCACCAACAGAAAUGAGUUUAAAACAAAUAUUCUCUUCAAUUAUAAAUGGUUAUCUACUCGAAUUUCCUCAAGGUGUCCGUAGUGUUGGUGAUUCAAUUGUUAAUGCCGCUGUUGAAAUAUAUUCUAGAAUGGCUAAAGAACUAUUACCUACCCCAACUAAAUCUCAUUAUGUAUUCAAUUUAAGAGAUUUGUCAAAAUGUAUACAAGGCGUUUUACAAGGUGAUGUUAGUGUUAUCCGUAAUAAACAAUCCAUUAGUCGAUUAUUUUAUCAUGAAGCUCAACGAGUAUUUCAUGAUCGAUUAAUUAAUCAAGAAGAUAAAAUGUUUUUCAAUCAAAUUCUAUCAGAAAUGGCAUUAAAAUAUUUUGGUGAUACUAUAGAAGCAGAAACAUUUGCAAAGCAUCCAAUUUUAUUUGGUGAUUUUCUAAGACCUGGUAUUCCACGAUCUGAACGUUUAUAUGAAGAAAUAAAUGAUAUGGAUAAACUGAAAUCAUUGUUAAUGGAUUACUUGGAUGAUUACAAUAUGACAAUGUCAAAGGAUGUGAAACUUGUCUUCUUUACCGAUGCUAUUGAACAUGUAUGUCGUAUUGCUCGAAUUAUUAGACAAGAUAGAGGAAAUGCUUUAUUAGUUGGUGUUGGUGGUACUGGUAAACAAUCAUUAACUAGAUUAGCCGCUCAUAUUAAUGAUUAUAAAUGUUAUCAAAUUGAAUUAUAUCGUGGUUAUGAUUAUGCCGCAUUUCAUGAUGAUUUAAAAAAACUUUAUUAUAUAACUGGUAUAGAGAAUCAAUCCACUGUAUUUUUAAUAACAGAUCAUCAAUUAAUUUAUAAUGAAUUCCUUGAUGAUAUUAAUAAUAUAUUAAAUACUGGUGAAUUAUCUAAUUUAUAUGAUUCAGAUGAAUAUGAACAAAUUAUAAAUGAUUGUCGUUUCCAUGCUAAACAAUAUGGUAUUAUAGAAGGAAAUCAUCAUGGAAUUUAUGAAUUUUUUAUUAAUCGUAUUAAAAAUAAUUUACAUAUUGUAUUAUGUUUAUCACCAAUUGGUGAUAAUUUUCGUAUAAAAUGUAGAAUGUUUCCAUCAUUAAUUAAUUGUUGUACAAUGAAUUGGUUUAUUGAAUGGCCAAAAGAUGCAUUAUAUCAUGUAGCUAAAUAUAUAUUAUCACAAAUUGAUUUUAUUUCAGAUGAAAUGAAAGAAUCUAUAUCAAAAUUAUCUACCGAUAUUCAUUUAAGUGUUUCAGAAGCAGCUGUACGUUUUUAUAAUGAAUUAAAACGUUAUUAUUAUACUACACCGACAAGUUAUUUAGAAUUGCUUGGAUUAUAUACAACAAUGUUGAAUAAACAAAUAAAAGAAUUAACUGAUGGACGUGAUAAAUUUCGUAAUGGUUUAAAUAAAAUAUUAGAAACUAAUGAUUUAAUUGCUAAAAUGGAAACGGAACUAACAGCAUUACGUCCAACACUUGAAGCAAAACAACAUGAUACAGAAAAAUUAAUGAUAAAAUUAAGUGAAGAUCAAGAACAGGCUGAUCUUGUUCGUAGUCGAGUUAAAGAAGAUGAAAUGUUAGCUAAACAAAAAGCAGCUGAAAAUCAAAUUAUAGCUGAUGAUGCACAACGAGAUUUAGAUGAAGCAAUACCAGCAUUAGAAGCAGCUAAUAAAGCACUUGAUUCAUUAGAUAAAAAUGAUAUAUCUGAAAUUCGUGUAUUUACUAAACCACCACAAUUAGUACAAACUGUUAUGGAAGCUGUUUGUAUUAUGCUUGGACAAAAAGGUGAUUGGGCAACAGCUAAAACUGUAUUAAAUGAUUCAAAUUUUUUAAGAAAAUUAGUUGAAUAUCCAAAAGAUGAGAUUACUGAUGGACAAUUGAAAAAAUUAAAAAAAUUUAUUGAUAAUCCUGAAUUUAUACCAGAAAUUGUUGAAAAAACAAGUAAAGCUUGUAAAUCAAUGUGUAUGUGGAUUAGAGCAUUGGAUUUAUACGCUCGUAUAUUUCGUACUGUAGAACCUAAAAGGAAACGUUUAGAAGAAGCUAAUAAAGAAUUAACCAUUGUAAUGAAUAAACUUGAAGUGAAACAAAUUGAAUUAUUAAAUAUUGAAAAAAAAAUUUCUAUAUUACAACAUGAUUAUUAUCAAUCUAUAAAUGAAAAAAAACAACUUGAACAAUAUUUAUUAUUAAUAUCGAAUCGAUUAAAACGUGCUAAUAAAUUAACUAUAGCAUUAAUCGAUGAAAAAUUACAUUGGGAAUUAUCUAUAGAACAAUAUAAUAAUAAAUUAAAUUAUAUUAUUGGUAAUUUAUUUAUUGCAUCUGCAUGUAUUACUUAUUAUGGUGCAUUUACAUUGAAUUAUCGUAAUGAUUUAAUGAAUUUAUGGAUAAAACAAUGUAAUCAAUAUCAAAUAUUAAUUAAUAAUACUAAUAAUAAUACUAAUAAUAAUAAUAAUAAUAAUAAUAUUACAUUAUAUGAUAUAUUAGGUAAUGAUUAUGAAAUAAAACAAUGGAAUAUUGAUUAUUUACCAAAUGAUUUAUAUAGUAUUGAAAAUGCUAUCAUAAUGAAAUAUUCAAGACAUUGGUCAUUAUUAAUUGAUCCACAAGAACAAGCUAAUCAAUGGAUACGUAAAAUGGAAUUAAAAAAUCAAUUAAAAAUUAUUAAAUUAAAUGAACCAAAUUUAUUAAAAAUAUUAAAAAAUUGUAUACAAAUUGGUAUACCAUUAUUAAUAGAAGAUAUAUAUGAAAUAUUAGAUCCAUUAUUAGAAUCUAUAUUAUUAAAACAAAUUUAUAUAUCUAAUGGACGUUUAUUAAUACGACUUAAUAAUAAUAAUAAUAAUGAAGAAAUAGAAUAUAAUCAAAAUUUUCGUUUAUAUUUAACAACUAAAUUAUCUAAUCCACAUUAUUUACCAGAUAUAUUUAUUAAAGUAACUAUUAUUAAUUUUACUGUUACAUUCAAUGGUUUACAAGAUCAAUUAUUAAAUGAUAUAACAAAUAUUGAAAGACCAGAAUUAGAAGAACAACGAAAUCAAUUAAUUAUUCGAAUGAAUACAGAUCAAAAUCAAUUAAAAGAAAUAGAAAAUCGAAUAUUAAAAUUAUUAUAUGAAUCAGAAGGGAAUAUAUUAGAUAAUGAAGAAUUAAUUAAUACAUUAAAUGAAUCUAAAUUAAAAUCAACAGAAAUAACAAAACGUUUAAAUGAAUCAACAAUAACUGAACAAAAAUUAUUAUUAGCACGUUCUAAAUAUUUACCAAUUGCAUUACGUGGUUCUAUUCUAUAUUUUAUUAUUAAAUCUAUGAAUGAAAUCAAUUCAAUGUAUCAAUUUUCAUUGAAAUAUUUUAAAAAUCUAUUCAAUACAACCAUACAAAAUAGUCCAAAUGCAACUACAUUAGAUGAACGUAUAGAAAUUUUAAUUAAUUCUGUUACUAUAGCUACAUAUAAUAAUAUUUCACGUAGUUUAUUUGAACGGGAUAAAUUAAUCUUUUCAUUUUUAUUAUGUAUUGAAAUAUUAAAACAAAUGAAUCAAAUUACUAUAAAUGAAUGGUUAUAUUUCUUAUUAAAUACAUCAAAUAAUGAUAAUAAUAAUAAUAAUAAUAUGAUUACGAAUGAUAAACCAUCAUUAGAACAACCAAUCAAUACAAUGAAUUGGUUAAAUACAAAACAAUGGCAAUGUAUUAUUGAUUUAUCACAAUCUUUUCCAGAACAAUUUCAUACAUUACCAAAUGAUAUUUGUAAUUAUUCAAUAAUUAUUGAUUUUAAUCAAAUUAAUCAACAGUUACCAAGGCAACAACAAGAACAACAACAACAACAAGAAAAAAAAGAAGAAAAAGAAAAAAAAGAAGAAGAAGAAUUUGGUAUAUAUAGAUUAACUCCUAAAUACAAUAAUUAUACAUUAUCACCACUUAGUAAUUAUAAUGAAAAAUUAACAUCAUUUCAAAAAUUAUUACUUAUAUCAACAAUAUAUAAAGAGAAAACAAUACAAUUAAUAAGACAUUUUAUAUGUUAUAAUCUUGGUAAAGAAUUUAUUGAAACACCUUCAUAUCAUUUAUCUAUUUUAUAUAAAGAAAUAAAUUCUAUUACACCAUUAAUAUUUAUAUUAUCUAAUGGUAUAGAUCCAAUGAAUCAAUUUCAAAAAUUUAUUAAAGAAUUUCAUUAUACAGAACGUGUACAUAUUGUAUCAUUAGGACAAGGACAAGGACCUAAAGCAGAGAAAUUAAUUAAUGAAGCAUGUCAAUUAGGUGAUUGGGUAUUUUUACAGAAUUGUCAUUUAGCUGCUUCAUGGAUGAUUAGAUUAGAAGAAAUCGUGAAACAACUUGCUGAAAAUCCUAAAUCAAUACAUACAGAUUUUCGUUUAUAUUUAAGUUCAAUGCCAACAAAAUCAUUUCCAAUUUCGGUAUUACAAAAUUCAGUAAAAGUAACUAAUGAACCACCAAAAGGAUUAAAAGCAAAUCUUAUUCGAGCACUUAAUGAUAUAUCAACAGAAUCAUUUGAUACACAUGUAUUAAGAAAUGAUUGGCGUAAAUUAGUUUUUGGUAUUUGUUUCUUUCAUUCAAUUAUAUUGGAAAGAAAAAAAUUUGGACCACUUGGAUGGAAUAUUAAUUAUGAUUUUAAUGAUUCUGAUCGUGAAUGUGCAUUAUUAAAUUUAGAAAUGUUCUGUCAUGAAUCUUAUAUACCAUGGGAUGCAUUAACGUAUAUUACAGCUGAAAUUACAUAUGGUGGACGUGUUACUGAUUUCUGGGAUCAAAGAUGUUUACGUACAAUACUUCAACGUUUCUUUCAUCCAUCUACAUUAAAAUCAAAUUAUGUUUAUUCAUCAUCUGGUAUUUAUUAUCCACCAACUAAAGAAACUUUAAUAGAAUACUUGGAAUAUGUAUCUAAUCUUCCAUUUAAUUCAUCACCUGAAUUAUUUGGUAUGCAUGAAAAUGCUAAUUUAGUAUAUCAGCUUCAAGAAACAAAUAAUCUAUUAUCUACUAUUCUUCAUGUUCAACCACGUACAACUACAUUAAGUACAGGGAAAACAAAUGAUGAUUUAAUUUAUGAACAAGCUGAUUCAAUAUUGAAAAAAUUACCAGAAAAAAUUAAUAUUGAAGAUGCACGUUUAGAUUUAUUCGAUAUGGAUAGUAAAGGUCGUAUAGAUUCAUUGACUACGGUACUUACUCAAGAAAUUGAUCGAUAUAAUAUAUUAUUAAAAAUUAUUAAGAAUUCUUUGAAACAAUUGAAAAAAGCAAUUAAAGGUUUUAUUGUGAUGUCAGAAGAUUUAGAAGGUGUCUAUACGGCAUUUUUACAAAAUUCUGUACCAGAAAUUUGGUCAUCUAAAUCAUAUCCAAGUUUAAAACCAUUAGGUAGUUGGAUAAAAGAUUUAGUACUACGUUGUGAUUUUAUUAACACAUGGAUGAUUAGAGGAAAACCUCUUUCAUUUUGGAUAUCUGGAUUCUUUUUCCCUCAAGGUUUUUUAACUGGAAUUUUACAAAAUUAUGCAAGAAAAUAUAAUUAUCCAAUUGAUCAUUUAACAUUUCAUUUUAAUAUUUUACCAUAUUAUCGUAAUCAAGAAGAAAUAUCUAAAGCUAUAUCAAAACUUUGUUUAACUGAAAUAUUAGAAAUCGAUAAAAUAAUAAAUAAACCAAUAGAUGGUGUACUUAUACAUGGAUUAUUUAUGGAUGGUUUUAGAUGGGAUGAUAAAACAAUGCAAAUAACUGAUUCUAAACUAGGUGAAAUGUUAGCUAUUAUGCCAAUAAUACAUAUGAAACCAGAAAUGGAUUAUGUACCUGAUUCAAAUGAUUAUAUUGCACCAUUAUAUAAAACUGCAGCCAGAGCUGGUGUAUUAUCAACAACAGGUAAGUUUUUAAUAUUAAGGUAUUUUCUCUUUUGUUUUUUUUUACAUUUAAUUGUUACUAUUUAAAGACAAUUUCAUUUGUAAGUAGUAUUUGUCACAGAUUGAUUUCAUCUAAAGUAUUGUUGAAAAACAAGAACAAUUGGUAAACUGUUUCGUCCCAAUAGGAAGAUCUUCAGAGGUGCACAAACACAAGCUCUGUUAGAAAUAAAACUCAGGACUAUCAGCUCCAUCGAUUAACUUUAGUUACUACGACUACUAGCCAGGUGUCCGAUAUUAUAAUUUGGAAAUCAGUUGAUUUGUUAUUUAACAUUACAACUAUUCCAAGUCAUUGGUGACAAAUGUUUCAUUGGAGAUACAUUUAAAUUUUAUCACUCUUGACUUUUCAUCAAUAAUUCAUCUUGAUUAUCCUAUUUGAAUAUUUAAAUUGAAUUUGCAUUUUAUAAAUGUUAAGUUUACCUGUUAUUCACUUAUAAUAACAAGUAUAUCUAUCUCAAUUGUUAUUAGGGACUAUUUCUACUAAAUAUCUAAGUAUGUUUGUGUUGUUUUCUCUGAGUUGAAUGAUUUUGUUGAGGAACCUGUACUGUUCUUCUAAACCAUAUCAUUAGCCAAUAUUUCAUAUAGAAGUAUGUCAACAAAUUUCAUAGUUGCUGUUCCAUUGAAAACAAAUAAGCCUCAAGCGUAUUGGAUUGAGAUGGGUGCAAGUUUACUAUGUGAAUGUGUAAAUCCUUAAGUAAAACAAUCUUCAAUUGGACAAAUAUAGAGAAAAUUAAUUACGAUUGUACUUUUUUUUUCGUAACCUAUCUUACAGAAUACAGUAAAUUACAUAACUCAUUGAGUUUCGUUCCAUUCAUCGUACAUCAAACAUAUAGGUCAAUCAUAAAAUCACUAACCUAUGUUGAUGUAUUCAAUUUGAUAUUCCACUUUUAUUUACUUAAUAAGUAUGUAAAACACUAUUAUAAUCGUGUUUUGUCAUUUCACUUAUCAUCUUCAAUCAUAAAAUAUGAUUAUUUUGCAAAUUCCAUCUAUCCAUACGAUUUAAAUGAACAGUCAACGACGUUAUGGACUGAUAUUAUGUCUUUAUUUGGUCACGUACAUCUUCCUCCUCA